AUGGCUAUUCCUCAAACUGUCUUUUCCACCUUACUAGUACUACUACUUCUGCUGCCAAUUUCUCAUCAUGUCGUUGCUCAACCUGUCAGUACUUUGGGUUUAAUACCUGUGGCCAGUUCUCUCUAUGCAAUGGAAAACUCUUCAGUAUGGCUCUCUCCUUCUAGUCAUUUUGCCUUUGGAUUUCGACGGCUCGACAACAGUACAGAUUUCAUACUUUCUAUUUGGUAUGUCAAGAUACGGGACAGAACCAUAGUUUGGCAUGCAAACGGAGAAAAGCUUGCUCCUUUGGGAUCAAAAGUGGAGCUAACUUCUGAUCGUGGGCUUUUGCUUACUGACCCUCAAGGUGAAGUGUUAUGGAAAUCUCAUACCAUGACUGCUGUUGUUGCCUAUGGAGUAAUGGAGAAGACAGGCAACUUUGUUCUCAAAGAUGGCAGCUUUAAUAAGGUAUGGGAAAGCUUCAAUAACCCUACUGAUACGAUCUUGCCUACGCAAACUAUGGAAAGGGGAGGGGUGAUUUCUUCUCGAAAAUCAAUGACCAACUUUUCCGAAGGAAGGUUCAGGCUGCGUUUUCUUCGAGAAGGGAAUGAAGCUGGUAAACUUGUGCUCAACACGGUAAACUUGCCCUCAACACAAGCAAAUGACGCAUAUUAUAUAAAAGGCUAUAGUACAGUUGGUGAUUCUGAUACAUCAAGUCUUGGUAGACUAUUGGUGUUCAAUGAGUCUGGCUACUUGUAUAUCCUAAAAGAGAAUGGAGAAAAUACCACUCUCACAGAAGGACUCCUCCCAACUGCGAAGAAUUUCUAUUUCAGAGCAACUCUCAACUUUGACGGAGUUUUCAUUCAGUACUAUCACCCAAGGACUUCCAUAGGCAAUGAAAGCUGGAUACCUGUUUGGUCUAUACCAGAUAAUAUUUGCAUCGCUAUUCUGUGGAGUUCAGGUGUCGGUGUUUGUGGGUAUAAUAGUGUCUGCAACCUCAACCAAGCUAAGAGGCCAACGUGUGAAUGCCUAAAAGGAUUCUCUUUAAUCGAUCCAAAUGAUCCGUAUGGAGGCUGCAAACAAGACUACGUACCCCGAUGCGAAGAAGAUGAGCUUAGUUCCAAGAAAGAUCUAUAUAACAUGGAAGAACUGAGGAAUACUUCUUGGUCAUCUCCAGCAUACACCAGGUUGUCGCCUUUUACGGAAAGCAAUUGCAAAAAUUCUUGCUUGCAAGAUUGUAUGUGUGUUGUUGCCAUGUCUGUAGGUGACGAUACCUGUUUAAAGAUGAUGAUGCCACUUUUAAAAGGGACAUCUAACAGUACCAUGCUCGGAAUUAAGACUUUCAUCAAAGUUAGAAAAGAAAAUUUGACCGUAAGUACUGAUCCUUAUUUCCCCAUUCCGGGGAAUGAGACUGUCGGAAAGAACCAAGACAGUUUGAUACUCUGUGGAUCAGUGCUUCUGGGUUGCUCUCUGUUGGUCAAUUUUACAUUGGUUGGCGCCAUUGUCCUUGCUUUCUACCAGAAGAAAGUUGACAAAACUAAGCGAAAUGCUAGUGUCUUGGAAAUGAAUUUGCGUUGUUUUACAUACCAAGAGCUUGUGGAUGCUACGAAUGGGUUCAAGGAAGAAUUGGGGAGGGGAUCUUUCGGUAUUGUUUACAAAGGAGCAAUAAAGGCAAGUUCUGAUAAUGUCCUUGUGGCCGUCAAGAAGUUAAACAGUUUGGCACAAGAGAGUGAGAAGGAAUUGAAAGCUGAAGUUAACAUAAUUGGCAAGACACAUCACAAGAAUCUGGCAAGACUGAUUGGAUUCUGUGACGAGAGGCAGCAACGAUUACUCGUGUACGAGUUCUUGAGCCGUGGCACUUUAGCAUAUUUCCUUUUCGGAGACUCGAAACCAAACUGGAAAAGAAGAAUCCAAGUUGCUUUCGGAAUUGCAAGAGGGCUGUUGUAUUUACAUGAAGAGUGCAGCACUCAGAUUAUCCAUUGUGAUAUAAAGCCUCAGAACAUACUUCUUGAUGAAUAUUUCAAUGCACGUAUAUCUGACUUCGGACUUGCAAAGCUUUUGAAGAUGGAUCAAAGCCAAACUCAGACGGCCAUUAGAGGAACAAGAGGGUACGCUGCACCAGAAUGGUUUAUGAACAUGCCAAAUAUCACUGCUAAAAUAGAUGUGUACAGCUUUGGAGUGGUGCUGCUAGAGAUCAUUUGUUGCCGGAGAAACGUAGAGACAGAUCAUCAUAAUUGUGACGGAGAAGAGGACAAAAGAAUUUUAACUGAUUGGGGUUACGACUGUUUUCAAGGAGGAGCAUUAGAUGCUCUUGUGGAUAAUGACAGGGAGGCCAUGAAUGACAGAAGGAAGCUAGAAAGGUUUGUCAAGGUUGCCAUUUGGUGCAUACAAGAAGACCCAUCUCUUAGACCCUCUAUGGGGAAGGCCGUGCAGAUGCUUGUAGGAGUUGUUCAUGUACCUGUUCCUCCCUGCCCAUCUCCUUUUACUAUUACUGCAACAAGUUGA